UUCUUCUGUCCACCACCGUGUGUAUAUUUACGUGGUGAGGGGUGGGGGCUUUCCGGAUCGGAGAAACAGCACAACUUGCCCGGAGAGGGUUCCGGUUCCGGAGAUAUCGAACCUGCUGGGAUGACUGAUACUCGAGGUCUGACAUCUUCGACGGAUAUGGCUUCUGGUUCGUCGGCCAUCACUGGUUCCUAUCCCGGAUCCACCCUUGCGGGGCCCGGUCAUUCCAGCGAUUCAUCCAAUCAGGUAGUUACUUGUUUUUGUGGUUAG